AUGCCCCUCACAAACAGCACCAAAAUUACAGAAUUCAUUUUACUGGGGCUCACGGACCGCCCAGAGCUGCAGCCACUCCUCUUUGUGCUGUUUCUGCUGGUUUACCUUGUCACUGUCUUAGGCAACAUGGGCAUGGUGGCCCUGAUCAGCCUGGACUCCCGCCUUCACACGCCCAUGUACUUCUUCCUCAGUAACUUGGCAUUUGUGGACCUGUGCUAUACAUCAACUGCAACCCCACAGAUGUUGACUAAUUUCUUAUCAGACAAGAAGACCAUUUCCUUCAUUGGCUGCUUCAUCCAGUGCUACCUGUUCAUUGCCCUUCUCCUCACCGAGUUUUACAUGCUGGCAGCCAUGGCCUAUGACCGCUAUGUGGCCAUAUGUAAUCCUCUGUGUUACAGUGUGAAAAUGUCCAGGCGGGUGUGCAUUUGCUUGGCUGUAUGUCCUUACGUCUAUGGCUUUUCAGAUGGGCUAUUCCAAGCCAUCUUGACCUUCAGUAUGACCUUCUGUAAAUCCAAUGUCAUCAAUCACUUCUACUGUGCUGACCCACCACUCAUUAAGCUGUCUUGCUCUGAUACUUAUAUAAAAGAACAUAUGCCCCUCACAAACAGCACCAAAAUUACAGAAUUCAUUUUACUGGGGCUCACGGACCGCCCAGAGCUGCAGCCACUCCUCUUUGUGCUGUUUCUGCUGGUUUACCUUGUCACUGUCUUAGGCAACAUGGGCAUGGUGGCCCUGAUCAGCCUGGACUCCCGCCUUCACACACCCAUGUACUUCUUCCUCAGUAACUUGGCAUUUGUGGACCUGUGCUAUACGUCAACUGCAACCCCACAGAUGUUGACUAAUUUCUUAUCAGACAAGAAGACCAUUUCCUUCAUUGGCUGCUUCAUCCAGUGCUACCUGUUCAUCGCCCUUCUCCUCACUGAGUUUUACAUGCUGGCAGCCAUGGCCUAUGACCGCUAUGUGGCCAUAUGUAAUCCUCUGCGUUACAGUGUGAAAAUGUCCAGGCGGGUGUGCAUUUGCUUGGCUGUAUGUCCUUAUGUCUAUGGCUUUUCAGAUGGGCUAUUCCAAGCCAUCUUGACCUUCAGUAUGACCUUCUGUAAAUCCAAUGUCAUCAAUCACUUCUACUGUGCUGACCCACCACUCAUUAAGCUGUCUUGCUCUGAUACUUAUAUAAAAGAACAUGCCAUGUUAAUAUCAGCUGGUUUCAACCUCUCCGGUUCCCUCACAAUCAUCCUGGUGUCUUAUGCCCUCAUUAUUGCUGCCAUCCUAAAGAUCAAAUCAGCUGAAGGAAGGCGUAAGGCAUUCUCUACCUGUGGUUCCCACAUGAUGGCUGUCACAUUGUUUUAUGGGACUCUCUUCUGCAUGUAUGUAAGACCACCCACUGACAAGACCGUUGAGGAAUCCAAAAUAAUAGCUGUCUUCUACACCUUUGUGAGUCCAAUGCUGAAUCCAUUGAUCUAUAGCCUGAGGAACAAAGAUGUAAAGCAGGCAUUGAAAACAGUACUCAGACAAGAAGUUAUCAGGAGAGUAUUAAUGCCUCAAUUUUUCAAUAAACUGAAACUAUAG